UUAUUUUUUUGGUCUUCGUGACGUGUAGAUCGGGAAACGAUUCGGGUCAUACUGAAGGGAAUUAAUUGUCCUAUUUUCUUUUAAUGUAAUAUUUUAAAUGAGACUGAUGUGGGCCGUGACGCGGUUUUUACGCAAUACAGAAUUUACCGUACGCGUGUAGCGGGUGCUGUUUUUUAACGAACAUAGCGCUACCUCGUAGCAGUGAGCUAGCUUCCUCAUAGUCCCCGGCAUCCUCCAUUCACUUUGGCCAACGCUAGCUUGUAAGCGGCGACUUGUGCUUACCUGUGCAGUACGUUGCCGUUCACUGCUGCGCCUCACUUUGGUUUUUGUUUAUUUUUUUUCUUUCUGCUGAACAAGGGAGUGACUCUCCCAUGUCAACCACUCGCGUAGCCUGUAAAGUAUAAACGUAUCGUUAUCUUUUCAUUAAUGUCAGCUGUUAUGGAUUAUGAACUUAAAGCGAAGUCAGUGGCUGACUGCUUGCAGAGCUACAGGAGGGACGAGUCCGGGUGGAAAGUCACCAAGAAAUCGAACGAUGUGGUUGUGUCUUGGCGUCCCUCCUCCGAGUUCCCUGGGAAUGUUUACAAGGGGGAGGGGAUCGUCAACGGCAGUCCCGAGAAAGUGUGGGAGUGCCUGAAACCAGUUCCCAACGGGCUCAGGGUCAAGUGGGACAACAAUGUCAAAAAGUUUGAACUUCUGGAGCAAAUUGCAGAGGACACCUCUAUCUGCCGAACAGUCACGCCCUCGGCAGCUAUGGGUAUCAUAGCCCCACGAGACUUUGUAGAUGUUAUUUUAGUUAAGCAAUACGAAGAUGGCACCAUUUCAUCAAAUGCCACCAAUGUGAGUCACCCGAGCUGUCCUCCCCAGCCUGGCUACGUGAGAGGAUUCAACCAUUCAUGUGGUUGCAUCUGUGUCCCCAUUUCAGGAGAACCCAACAAAACCCAGGUGUUCAGUUUCUUCCACACAGACCUGGGUGGCUUCCUCCCUCGCUCUGUGGUGGACUCAUUCUUCCCAUCCAGCAUGACUGAGUUCUACAGCAACUUGGCCAAGUCUGUUAAAUCCCUCAAAGAUUUUUGACACAAAGAGUAAGAAAAUCUCCCUCAAGCCCUGAUGCUCACUGAGCAGUCAGGCCAGAUGUUCACAACAUUUUGCUCUGAGAUUCUGAAUCUAAAAAUCAAAUCCACAUAAAGCUGGAUCAUGUUUUAUGUUUAAUGUGCAUUCCUUAAGCCCUGUGUUUCUGCAGGAGGAAUCGCAUAAAUCUUCACUGCACAAUAGCAAUAUUUGAAAAGUCCUAGAAUGGAAAAAGGGACUUGGGUUUGACUUCAACUCCCGUGCUGUCACCAUAUGUGGGAUCAAUUUAUUUCCUCAAACUUAAGAAUGGAAAUAGACCUAAAAUUCAUACAUGUGAUCAAAUGAUAGAAUAUGUUUCUUUUUUUACCAGACUAACGUGGCAAAUAACAUUUUUUCUUCUAACUGCAUACUUAAGUGUUUACAGGUAACAUGCAUGUUGCAUGAAAAUGAUUUACCCUGUGCUGGUAUCAGAUUGUUGGUUUAAACUGAUUCAUACCUCAUAUUUACUUGUUUGUGUUGUAAUUGAAAUGCCAUAGUUUUCCUCAUUUCUGCUGACAUGUUAAAAAAAAAAAAAGAAAUGGAUAUCUGCCUCUUUUGCCAGUUACACCGAAACACUAGAGCAGGUGGGAUGGCACGUGUGGCCUUUUUAAACGAAGGCAGCUUUUUUUUUCUUUCCAAAAGAAUGCCUUUUGAAUAGGAUGUGUUCAAAGGACAUUGUGCUGCUCUACUGAGCAGAAAUGUGUCUUCCUUUUAGUCGAGCAUUGGAUUCUAGUACAUUUCCCUUUCUUUUUCUCUGUAUACAUUCACUGAAAGAACAGUGGCUCCUCUGCCCAUGAAAGAGGUCAACAGCUGACUAAUUUUCCAGUCCACCUACAAUCAAAGGGAUUUGAUGUAGAGAUGCAUCCCAUGUAACAAGAAGUAAAAAUAAACGCCACAAUAAAUAAGCCCAUAUAUUUCUGAUAGAAUAAGUGGAUAAAGCCAUUGGUGACCUGAAGUGACAGUAAAUGUAUGGUAACAUGAUUUAGGGUUUAAAUAUAUUACUAAAUGCACUAUAUUUUCAAGGCUUCCAACAAUUGUAGUAACUAGGGCUAUAAAGUGGCCACUAGAAAGAGAUAGUUCACUGUCAUUUGUGUUCUUCUCUCCAACUGAAACAUGCGCUACCUUAAUAGUUUCUUAUUAUUACACAGUUACCAACAAAUUGUUACUUCAUUGUAUCACUUACCACGUUCAACUUGUUCAGAUUUCAAUAAGAGCAUCCAUAUGGACUAGGCGAAAGAUUUUUUUUAUUUUAUUUUUUAAUAUUACAUGUUAAAAAAAAUACUCAAAGAUCCACUUUAAACUAUUGUAUUAGUGUUGCUAGUAGUAUUGUAGUAGUCUUACAUAUGCAGUACAUUGUAGUUCUGUAUGGGCACUAGUAAUGGGAAGUGUACUUGGAAAUUGGGGUGUGGUACUUGGUAUAUUUUUAAUUCUUAAUACUCAUUAUUUGAAGUGCAGUAAGAAAUGGACAGAAGUCCACCUUCACUAAUCAGUGGCUUUAUUUACGGCAUGUGUUCUUGUUUUUUUUCUGCUUUUUUUUUUAAAAAAAAAUGUAAAAACUCAUUUUCAGGCUUAACAGAAAAACCUUCCUUUAUGCAAACUAAAGCUUAGGACAGGAAAACUCUAGGACCAUAUAUUUAUAUAGUUACCACACUUAACUGUAUAAAAGUUGCUAUUGUAAAAUACUGCUUGAACUCUGAAUAUCAAUAUUUACAUUAUUUAGAGAAUAUACUGAUGUAACUUAUUUCACAACUGCCAGAAUCCUCUUCAGGUAUUCAGCAAAGAAGUGGGCACACAAAUGUACUGUACUGAACUCAUUUUACUCCUGGUGAUUUAUAGGGGUCCCCUCAUUCCUUCCUUAUCCGGGGUGGGGUGGGAUGUGUGGAAUUUCCUCCCAGCAUUAAUCAGAUGAAAUACUGUAUAUUGCUUGAACAAUAUCAGCACUUUAUUAAGCGCUCCCUGUGUAAGCAUAUUUAAGGAGACGGAGAGCCUUCACGUGUAUGAUAAGCCAUAUACAUUGUCAUGUUUUAAGUUCCUUUAGAAAAGGUCCUGCUGCUGUACCUGUAGCACCUUUUACCUCACAAUGUAGCCAAUAAUUGAAACGACAAAUCUUCUUAAUCGCAUUCCACCAAGCUCAAAUGUUAGCUCGUGAUGCUUCCGCUUACACAUGGAUCUAAAGAUGUAUUCCUGUGUUUAAUAUUUAAAUGCAACCAGCGUUGCUACAAAUAGAUACAGUAAAUCACACAAUCAGCAAAGCACAUUGUAGGGCAUUUAAUCACUGCUGAAUUACCCUUGUGACAUAAUUUCUCCGUCAUCAACUGGUAUUAACUGUAUCUGACAACAUUACACGGAUGAUUUGAUUGUAGUCUUUUGCAUUUACACUUGCUGUUAAGAACUGAUCCUGGUGAUCAGAUAUUAAUGUUUUGAUGAGUGGAGUUGGCGAACCUGUCAACAAGCAAUGGUGUCUUAGGUUAACUGAGUGACAUGACGCACACAGUCGAAGACUAAAGGUCGAACCUAAUGAUAUGAUGGACAUACAUCACAUGAUAAGUUUAUACUAUAUGGCAAUUAGGUCCUUGUCUGGCUUACAAUAAGCACUGUUGUUGUUAUUGUUGUUGUUUUUUUUAAUCUGUUUGGUUUCCCUGUAAGUUGUGAGCACUGUAUUUGUUCACCAGUAGAGGACCUGGUUCACUCCAGCCUGAUUUUAACUGUGUACUCCCUCUGACAAAAAGAGGUCAGAGGUCAGCCACUUUUUAUUUUUUCGAACAAACAUUGCUGAUAAUCUGAUGUUAUUUGUUUUAUUUUGUAAAAGCACAAGGAGUCCCACUAAACUUGCUUCAGAAUUUUGAAUCAUGUGGAGCAGUGCAACAGCAUGCACGUCAGUAUUUGAGUAUUUGUUCAAGUCUUUCAGUCCUACAGUAUCCAGAAUGACACUGUGAUCAAAUAGCAUGUGAACUAUGGCAGACCUAGUCCUACUUGAACUCUUCCAAGUAUUAGAUUGUACCUACGACAGGCUUUUUGACCACCACUGAGACCAAAUACCCACAGUAAGUUUGUGUUCUGUGACUGAGAUUCAAUUUAAACUUUCCUUAUGUAAAUUGUCAUGGCAACUAGUGGUCCUACCACCAGUUGCAGGGUAUCCUGAGUACACGUGCAACUUGUUGUAUUUUAAUGACACUGAAUAUAUGUAAAAUGAUAUUUGUCAAAUGUGUCUAGUCUACUCCGGUUACUGAGUUUUACAUGUUGAGUCAGAAGACAUGAAACCGUUUCUCUUGUACUGUUCUGCAUCCGAUUAGUUUUGUAUUUCACCAGCAUUAAAACGACUGAAAGGAA